GGGGAGCGGGGUCCCGGACCAGGAAGGUGCAGCGGCGGGGAGGGGAGGCUGGGACCAUGGGGCUCCUAACCAUCCUGAAGAAGAUGAAGCAGAAGGAGCGGGAGCUGCGGCUCCUCAUGCUCGGUCUGGACAACGCGGGGAAGACCACCAUCCUGAAGAAGUUCAACGGCGAGGACGUGGACACCAUCUCGCCCACCCUGGGCUUCAACAUCAAGACCCUGGAGCACCGAGGGUUCAAGCUGAAUAUCUGGGACGUGGGUGGCCAGAAGUCCCUGCGCUCUUAUUGGAGGAACUACUUUGAGAGCACGGAUGGCCUCAUCUGGGUGGUGGACAGCGCUGACCAGCAGCGCAUGCAGGACUGCCGGCGGGAGCUGGAGAGCCUCCUGGUGGAGGAGCGUCUGGCCGGAGCCACUCUCUUGAUCUUUGCCAACAAGCAGGACCUCCCUGGGGCUCUGUCCUCCAAUGACAUUCGGGAGAUCCUGGAGUUAAACACCAUCCGCAGCCACCACUGGUGCAUCCAGGGCUGCAGCGCAGUGACAGGAGAGAACCUGCUUUUGGGGGUUGACUGGCUCCUGGAUGACAUCUCCAGCCGCAUCUUCACUUCAGAAUGACCCCCUGCCCUGGGCUGCCAGCUCCUGGACUGACCCCUUGACCCGGCGGAAGGGCAACCCCUCCAUGCAUCCCUGGCCCCCCGAAGACCAUCCUUCUCUGGCCCGGAGCCCUCUGGGGAGCCAGGACUGGAGAGGGACGGAAGCCCAUGGGACCCCAACUAACGCCUCCUUCCCCGUGUCCUAACCACAUGCUGCUUGCGCUAACAGGAGAGACCCUGCUGCUCUGGGAGCGCCCUCCUCCCUGGGGAGGAGCGGCCCUGUCCCCUACCCCUGGCCCUCCUGCAGCGCUUUGUGGAUUGGUGGGGGUGCAGGAAGAACUGUACCCCGGCUCUCCAGGGCCCCUUCCUCUGCUCAGCCAUCAGAAUAAAAGUCCUCUGUGCCCCUG